AUGACGGCAUCAUUAGAUGAAGAGCUCGAGACGCUCAACCUCCACCUUCCCCUCCUCGAUCCUUUGCACUACAUCUCGCCCCUCGCCGCCCUUCUCGAGUUCGGCAAUGAGGCCCACCAGGUCGCCAUGGACGCCUGGAGCGUCGCGGAGACCGUCCGGGUCUUGAGAUUUGCGGACUCGAGGCUGGAGAGAUGUCUGAAGCAGUCCGGCAAAAUACCCAACGGCGCAUUGUAUCUCGCCGACCUCCGGACGGUGUGGCUCGAGGAGGACUUUGAUUCUCCAGUGUAUACGGAAGGGAAGGAGAGGAAGGAGAACGAGCGCUUCAACGGCGCCGCCCCAUUUACACACCAUUCAACCUCGUUCUAUCGACCGCUCGACCUCGCCCUGCACGAACAUAAGCUCUUCUCGCUGUCCUUUCCGGACCAGGGAGAACAUUGAUUGGGUAUGCUGUCUCCCAGUCACGACCACCGAUUCACCUAGCGCUGUCGAAUCCUGAACGCACCGUUAUCCGCGAUCGCGAUCGCAGACGCUACUUCCCUCUCGACCGUACUAGCAAUCUCCUCCAGGGCCAGGCGCUCUCCAUGCCAGUUCGCCAGCAUUCUCGGAUGGAAGCGAAGGGACGGUGGACGCGGCUGUAACGCAGGAAGAGAGAGAUUUCCUUGGCCCGAGCCAGUGAGAAGCACGCCCCUCCCCUCCAUACCCGAAUGCGAGGAGAAUCGGCGCUCCAUGGGCAGUGCAGGAAACGUCAGGUUCUAAGGCCGCUCGAUGAAGAGAAGUUGAUUUCAGUGUCAUGGCCGCUGUCGAUUGCGGGCUGAUUCAUAUACGUUCCAAGGACCGUCCCGCUCCAUCAUUCGUCUAUUAGAAGGAGAAGGACGCGCGCAACUGAGGCGACCGGUCCUGAUCACUCUUUACCAUAAGGGGGUGCGCGCGAUACCGCAGUCACCGUACACAGGUCUCGAACUCGCAUAACGGUCCCGCGUACAGAUCGACGUGAUGAAUCACUAUGAUAGGGUGCUCAAUGUCACUGUCGACGUCCUACUACUGCCCACGAAGAUGGAGCAGCUAACUACUUUGCCGUGGACGACCAGCAUUCGACGAGCCUCAUCCAAGGCAUCUCCUGCGGGUCCCUCGCCGCUGGGAUGAACAUCCUGUAGAAGCUCGUCCCCACCGACGCCGCGGCGCAGACGAAGACAGCAUCGACAUCUCUGUCCAGUCCGAGUCGCACGCUCCCAAUAGUGCCGCCUCGGCGCCUACUUCCCCGACUACACCUACCACGCCCAGCCAUUCGCCACUCGUCGGCCGGAUGGACACGUUGCGCAUAAUCGCUGUGGAAGCCAUCUUCCGAUAAAGCCGGCGCAUAAGAACGAGGCGAGCGCGGUGAUUGUGACCAGCACACUGGUUGUCGAGGCGCGGGCGGGGAUUUAGUUUGAGGGCGUUCUGCCCCAACCAACGGUUUGUGCCGUUCCUUGCUGAGUGCUCGGGAGGAUGCUUGAGGUUGUGCGGGUUCGAUCUGCAGGACACCGACGCCGCAAGUCUUGAGGAUCGCUCGGCUUAUACGGAUGACUUGAGUGGAGCACCCCCAGGGACCUUCUCCGGACAAGGCGCUUUCGAUCCUUAUGCGAGAGCCAGCUCUCCUGUGGACCAGACCACCGAUAGCAUGGUAGCACAAGAGGCUACUGGUGUUCUCGAGGACGAGCGCGCUCAUUAGCUCUGCGCUCGAUGACGCGGAACAGCGACGGCAUGCGCAUUAAACGACAACGACUAGCUCCUUGGGCUGAAGGGGAGGAGUUAUAUCGCAUUAUCGUGGCUGAGGAAGAGAACCUGAUGACGAUCGUGGACCGCCACUUACCCACGAGAAAAUGAGGGAGUCACGGUAGACACGGAGGCUUUGAUGACCCAUCAUCGGAGAGGACCAGCUGUGCAAAGUGUACGCCGAUAGCCUGAGAGACGGGGCGUUACGGAUUUAUGCGUUCACCGGAAAGCUGGUACCUUUGGGAGGCUGGUACACUGCGUUGAAUUGUGGCAGGUUCGCCGUUUGUCGCGCGCUGGGAACGCGGAUCCUAGUGAAUACAGGGAUGGGAGUGAGCGCGACGCAUUCAAGGACUAGAACGGGUUUGCCUGACUCGGAGAGCCCAAAUUGCGUUACUCGUGAGAUCACCUGAGGGUGACGCUGCGCGCUUACAGUGCGGUGCAGCUGUCAGACAAGUCGCUUCUAUUACCAAGUUCUUCAUGAUCCCAGCUCAGGCCAUGCAUGCCGGUCUCCCGAGAUUGUCCUUGGGAAUAGGGUUUGGGCGGAGCUCCUACACUGCCAACCUGCUAGACGCGUCUACCGGGAGGUGGACGACCGCUGACAGCUUCCCGUUGCACCC